AUGGCUAACUGGCCGCGAGUCUCUCCCAUCGCCUACGUGGCUCUCGGUGUGCUCCUCGGCUUGACCCUUUCCAUUCUUUCUCAAUCGGGAACGGUAAGUCUUCGGAAUAAAAACUAAACAGUUCGCAAUGAUUUUUCAGUCCGCCUACGACGCAGCGACACGGAUAGCCAUACUUCGGGCGUCGCGAGUCGAUCCACUAGACGGGCACAAUCACGCGCACGCAAACGAUCCGCACGGAGAGGAGGACGUCGACGACAACCACGCCGACUUCGCCCCAGUGCAGUUCCACUCGAACGACUCUUCGCACAGCCACGACGGCGAGAGCAGGAUCGCCGACGAAAUAUCGAAAAAGGUGCGCGUGUUCUGCUGGAUUCUCACCGGAAAACAGAACCACGAGAAGCGAGCGAAACACGUGAAAGCGACGUGGGCAAGGCGGUGCAACAAGUGAGUGAUUUACCCGCUUUUCCGCCGGAUCAAUCUCCGAACGUUCAGGUACGUCUUCAUGUCUUCGGAAGAGGACGCCGAACUGCCGGCCAUCAACCUGAAUGUGUCCGAAGGAAGGGACUACCUCUGGGCGAAAACGAAGGGAGCAUUCAAGUACAUUUACGAUCAUCAUCUCAAUGACUUUGAUUGGUUUCUGAAAGCCGAUGAUGACACGUACGUCGUCAUGGAGAACUUAAGGUAUUCAACCCUCAGAGAAUGUUCUAGAUUGACAAGAAAUGUUUAGGUUUAUGUUGCUGGCUCACUCUCCAGAUGAACCCAUACAUUUUGGAUGCAAGUUCAAGCCGUUCACUAAGGGAGGAUAUCACAGUGGAGGCGCCGGAUACGUGCUAAGCAGAGAGGCACUCAAGAAGUGAGGACGCGAAAUGGAAGAAGAUGUGAUGCAGACUCAUUUCAGAUUCAUCGAAGUGGCUCUUCCGGACAAGUCGUUGUGCUCUCAGAAUCACGGCGGAGCCGAGGACGCCGAGAUGGGAAAGUGUCUGGAGAAGGUGGGAGUGAAGGCCGGAGACUCGAGGGACGCGGACGGACAUCACAGGUGAGGAGCCAUUCGAAGGGAAUACUGUAGACGAGUGUCGCUUUCAGGUUCAUGCCUUUCGUGCCGGAGCACCAUCUCUCGCCGGGACACAUCGACCCGAAGUUCUGGUUUUGGCAGUACACGUACUACCCGAUGGAUCAAGGACCGACGUGCUGCUCCGGUCCGUCUAUUGAUGCUGAUCUCUUUUUGUUUCUCCCUUGGCGGCCGGUGCAAACAAUGCCCUCCCCGGGAGAAGAGAGAAAGAUCAAUUGUUUUGCGGCUUGACUAUUUGCUCUCAUUUUUUCAGAUUAUGCCGUCUCCUUCCACUACGUCAGCCCGAACUUGAUGUAUGUUCUCGAGUAUCUCAUCUAUCACUUGAAACCAUUUGGUGAGUCACUUCACAGAACCACGGGGGAAGCAUUGAACUUUCUGUUUUCAGGCAUCGAUCGAGCCAUCCGAGUGCCCAAGAAUGAGACUGUUAUCCACACGGCGUACUCCAUUUCCCGUUCGGAACGAGGCCAAGACGACGCCUUCAAGGAGCGGCCCGAAGUGAUCUGA